GAAGAAUAAUGAUCCCGCGCUCGUGAGAAUCCGAUUUUUUUGCGCCCACAGGAGAAAAACCGCAGCAAUGAAUAAAUAAACGGGGCGGUUGUAAAACUCCAGGCGGAUCGGCCAGUCGUGACCACGGAGGCUACGCACGCAUGUGAGAUUCGUUUCUUGUCAAUUCAAGUGUAUGGCCGGUCGAUCGGACGCUUGAUUUUGGCACCAUACAAGAAGAAGAGCUGCAGCCGCAUAGCCGUGCUCAGAAUGCGGGCGUGAGAGACGGACUACGGCGGGGGAAUUAAAGUGCAACGGUGGGCGAGUGAACGGCUCCCCCACAACAGUCUCGAGGGCCAGGGGGUGUGUGCGACUGCAGGGCACCAGCAGCAUGUCGAACCGAAAACACCGGGACAACCAGGAGAUCUGCGCCCGCAAGGUCCGCGAGCUCGCCCAGACGGGAGUGAACAAGCACUGCUUCGAGUGCAACCAACCCGGGGUGACUUACAUCGACAUCACCGUGGGGUGCUUCGUGUGCACGUCAUGCUCCGGAAUGUUGAGAGGACUCAACCCACCCCACAGAGUUAAGUCUAUUUCCAUGACAACCUUCUCCCAACAGGAAGUGGAGUUUUUGCAAAACCAUGGCAAUGAGGUUGGAAGGAGGACCUGGCUCUGCACAUUUGACCCCAAAACCGACGGCUGUUUUGAUGCACGUGACACGCAGAAGCUGAAGGAGUUCUUGCAGGACAAAUAUGAGAGGAAGAAAUGGCAUUUCUCUAAAAGCAAGAUGCGCCGGGAUACAGACACACCGUGGGGUCCAGGGGUUCAGGCUAUUCCAGCUCCACAUGGGCCUGCUCAGAAUCAGCCUCCGCCUGGACAUCCACUGAACCCCACUAACCGGCCCACUCGCACACUGUCCCAGUCCCAGUUGUCAAUAUGGGACAGAGCUCCUGCUGUCUCUCCGGCUGAUUGCCGUACUGAGGUGUUCACUGCCAGACCAGGAGUUAUGUCUUCAGGAAUUGGACCCCAGAAUCAUCCCUCCUCUUUCCCAGCCCUGCCACGUCCUUCAGCCAGUAGCACUUUCAAAAACCGCUUACUUCUAAAAACACUGAGGUCGACAAUAAAACGGUAGCAGUUCAAGCUUCAGAUCACCUCAGUAAUGCAUUUCUCCUUAGUGCCAAUUUGGUUUAUUGAUUCAGAUGCAUGUUAGAGACGGCGUAAACAAAACAGACAUUUCCCUCACUCGCCUGUCUGUGUAUGUACAGUAUGCCAGGCUUGUUUCUAUUUAUUUUGACGUUAACGUUUCAUUUCAAGCGUUAAAAAGUAUUCUUGUGUGUGCGCUGUCGGACUGCAUGCGCUUCUUAAGCUGAGCAGGAAGCUGCUGAAUGUAUUGCAGUUUUAUGAGGGAAAAACGUUUCUCUUAUGGACCAAAAAUUGUCUAAUAUCGUCAAGUGUCCUGUAUAAUGUAGAGAUGGUUUGUUUUUCGCAAAAAGGACUCGUAUAGAAUGUCUGUGUAUUGAGAUGUAUCCAUAUGCAUAAAGCUAUCCAUAACUGU